AUGCGCCUUUUAACGCAUAACAUGCUUACAUCUCACGUCAAAGGCGUAAAGAAUGGAUAUCCUUUGGCUAUAGAGGUAGUUGAUUAACUUUUAACGAAGUAGUUGUCAAAUAAUUGAAACAAAAAAUGGACAUCUUUGACGUGCACGUGGAUACAUUCUGGAGUCGCUUUAUUUGAUCUACAGUGUUAAUAGCCUUAAAUUCGUUUACUUUCAUUUAUAAAAUUUAUUUUAGUGUGUUAUAUCCUCUCCUUUUUUCCUUCAGGUCGUGAAUGUUGUUGUUAAUGAGGUGGAUUUCAACCCUGAAUUCAUCUCUCGAAUGAUUCCGAAAGUGGACUGGGGUGCUCUCGUACAAGCAGCGCAGCAAGUGAGAAUACUGAAACGAAUACUUACUAGUCACUCUUAAGAGUUUAAGGUUUGAACUCAAGAAAAGAUCUAUAUAACUGACUUAAUCUAUUCUUCACAUUCGUUUUAAGGUUGGACGGUCUGGGGGUUUACCUGAUGAAUUGAUCCCAGACUAUGAAAAAGAUGAAGAGUUCUUAAAGAAAGCACAUCAUGUUCUGCUCGAGGUAUGUAGUUUUGAAACAAAUUACAAGUGAUUGUACAUAUUUUUUGUAUUUUAUAUCCACACAUAUAUUCAAGUAUGGAAUUUUUAUGAAAGAUAACAUUGGGUACCGUGAUAAAGGUUAACCUGUGUUAACUGGUCACCCAGUAUUAAAUGGUGACUUGUCAUAGUCCCAAACUGUUUUUGCCAUAAACUCUGUAAUUUCACCUUCAUUGAGUGGUCACAUGGUGUGAACCCCAGAAGCCUAUUUGUGUUGUAUUCACCUGUUUUGAACAGUCACUCAAAUAAAGCUGAGAAUAAUCUCUUAACUAAAAUUAAUUUAAUGUUUUUCUCCUGAAAUCAGUGUUAUUACUUUGAGUUGAAAUGUCUCCAAUGCAAAGCAGAUGAUUUCUCUUCUUAGGACUGUUGAGACAAAUAUUCUGCAUGAACUUCAUGCAAGUCAUUUGCUAGUUAAUAAUGACUUGGGGGUCCAACUGCUUGAUAACAGUAUACUGUGUACAGUAAUUCUGCUGUUAUUGCUCAUUUUUUUUUACUGUGCCACCAUUUUGUUGUUGCUAUUUAUUAACAAGAGGUCAAUGCAUUUUUUAGUAAGGUGUUGAAUGAACUGUAUAUUAAGUGACCAAUUAUGGCAUAAAAUGGAGAUUUUUUAUUAUGGUUAACCCUAUUCCAGGAAACCUUUAAUAAGUGGUCAACCUGUAUUAAGCAGGUGCUCCACUAUUCCCAGUGACUGCUUAAUACAGGUCCAACCAUAAUUAGCAUGCCAGACUCUGUGGAAGCAUUGGAUAUAAGCAUAUAAAUUCCUGACUCUAAAAAAUAAACAAAACUAGAUGAAAAUUCGAACCAACAUUUUUGAAAAUGUACUAACAUUAUUUUUGGUACAGGUGGAAGUUCAAGAAGGUACACUGGUCUGCCCCGAAUCAGGGAGAAAGUUCCCUAUCAAAAAUGGAAUUCCAAAUAUGCUUCUUAAUGAGGAUGAAGUUUAAAUGUGCUGUAUUUAUUCUCCAUGUGGGCUGGAGGACAUUGUGUGGGAUUGGUACUUGAAGUUAUUUGACCAGCUUAGAGGAAUGAGACAAAAAUCCUGGAGCUAUACAUCAUGUUUGGGAGAUUGGCAGUGGAUUGGAUUAAUCUGAACUGCAACACAGACUUGUAUAAUGGGCAACAAAUUUGCAGGCUCACAACAAGACUUGUAUAGUGCUGUAAAUAAAUAUGUAAUAACAUGUGGCUAUUGCACUCUUUUUUUAAAUAUACAUCUAGCUGUAACCCUGAUGAAUAAUACAUGUACUUCUAAAUUAAGAAAAGAGUAUUUUUAAAGGUAUUCUUUACUAGCAGUAGAAAUAACACAAGAAAUUUGAUAAAUGUCAAGAACAAAAGGAGUAGAGUUGCUCUAACAGAUUGGCAACCCACUUAAGACUCUGACCCCAAAGAUCUUUGUUGGAUUAAUUAGCUUGCUUUCUUGGGAAAUAUACUUAAAGAAUGGGUUUCAAAAGGCACAUUUUUCUAGUCUGGCUAACCUGAAAUUUUUUUUUAGUAAAAAUCAUGUAUCCUUUGGGGCUCAAAUCAUAGUGGAAUUUUCAUUUUGGAGAAUUUUGUGGUUGUUUUAUUGAUACCCUUGAGUGAGUAAUUUGAUACUACCAAAGAUUUCAUGCCAUUAAAGUUUCCUUUCACUGCAAAACUGAUGUUUUACAAAAGUUUGAUAUUUGUUCAGGUGCACUUAAUUUUUCCUUGACAUGCCAAAUUCAAGACAAUGAAUGACAAUGAAUCUCUAACACAUGCAAAAACUAAAUAUCCAGACAGCAAAAGGA